AUGUCAGGAUACGACAAACCCCAUCAAUAUGUGUAUGAUGCCCAAAGCACCAGAUCAAAUCAGGCUGCAAACUACCCUGGCAUCAUACAGCCUGCAUUCGGUCCCCAGUAUACGGGUGCGUCCGCGGGACUGACCCAUGAGCUUUCAAGUGCAGACAUGGCCUACCUGCCUAGCUCAACCUACGAGUCACGCGGUGCGGCCAACCAUCGCUCCGAUCCAGCAUUUAUCGAUGCAGCAGUUCGUCAUCCCGCCUCCCUCACAGUUACUGAAACGGAAAUCACCGAACAAAUUACUCCUGCCCAAGGCACUGCUGGAUCUACCGUAACGCUGCAACUCCGGACGAAUUACGAUCUCCAAGCACAUCACUGCGCUUUCACACUCAUGUUUGGCGACGAAAAGUGCGUCGGCGCACUCCAAAAGGUCGAGUACGACGACCAUGACCAGUGGUACAACUAUGUCCUCAACGUCGAGGUGCCCCCAUUCCCGCUCACAAACACCUGGGAUCCCACCAUGAUGUUGAAACUGCAGAUCGAGGACAAGAUGGGCCGCCCACGAAUCGAAACAAACGCAGGCAAAUUCACUUACACCGACAUGUCGCCAAAUCUGGCUUACCAGUCUUCGUCUGAUUUCUCCAGAAAGCGAAGGUAUUCCAAUGAGCUCAACGACAAUCAGAGUUACCCAACCACCGGCAACGUUGGAAAGCGCGCAAAGUUUACUCGAUUUGCGAAACCAUCUGCAGCUUCUGGGGCCUAUUCUGGCGUGCAGGUUUCACCGCUCCAGAGCCAUAUUCCACUUUCUAGUCCGUACGGCUCGAGCAGUGGUUACGAUUCAUCCAAGCAAACAGCCUAUGGUCAGGAAUUCCCCCAGAAAGGCCUCUACGCAGUGCCAUCAGGCAUGAGUAUGGGCCAUGGUGAUUACAAGUCGUCGCAAAUGUCUCUAAAUAUGCAGUCUUAUGGCUCCUACAGCUCUCCAGUGCAUGGUGUCCGGUCCAGUGCCUCGACAGCGGCCCCUGUGCUUCCCUCGCCAUCCGCAAUCGCAGCGCCAGUUCUUGUUCGCGCAACACAUCUUGCGCAAGCAAGCGGCAGCAGUUCCUCCACUCAGCCUUUCAACCCCUAUUCCAUGUAUCAGUCAAAAGCGGUUCUCAAGAUUGACGGAGAUCUCGAUAAGAUGAGUGACGACUGGACUCUGGAAGAGCUUGAUGCAAAGAGGCGGCUUGUCGAGUUCAAAAGGUCGCAGCAGGGCAGUACUAUAACUACCUCCUUUGCACCCGUUACACUGGAGACCCGAAAGGCUCGUAGCAUUUGCGUAAGCUGUAUCUGGUGGGAAGAAAAGGACGAACACUUCAUCACCAGUGUAGACACAAUAUAUCUGCUCGAGCAGCUUGUCAACGUGCGCUUUACCGUCGAGGAGAAGAACCGCAUUCGUCGUAAUCUUGAAGGCUUCCGACCUCUGACUGUCUCCAAAGCAAAGCAGGACAGCGAGGAUUUCUUCAAGGUGAUCAUGGGGUUUCCCAACCCCAAACCUCGCAAUAUCGAGAAGGAUGUAAAGGUGUUCCCGUGGAAGAUUCUCUCCCAUGCACUAAAGAAGAUAAUAAGCAAAUAUUCUGCCAGUUAUUCAUCGACGGCUGGCGUCGGAUCAUUGCCCCUCGCAUCAACAUCAACAUACGCUCCAAGCGCCGCGUCGCAGGCAACAAUGGAGACCCAUCGGAACGCGUCCACACAAGCAGUGACUGCAUCGAUUGCGUCAACAGUCUACAGCCCUCAUAUGCCAUCUUCUAGUCUAUCCCCCCACCAAAAGAUGGCAGCAGGCCUCGACGGGUCAGCAGGACACAGCAUGCCGGUUGCUCAAAGGACGCCUCCAGGGCAAAGCAUGACUCAGUGGGGCGCUUCCACCCACCAGGUGUCGCCCUACCAAACAGUCCUCACACAUGGGACGCGAGGGUCCUGGGAUUACAGCUAUCUCAAUGCUUCAGGCGUUGCGGAGAUGCCGUCUAUUGCGCACGCCAUGCAAAUAUCACGACCAGAUGCGAUCAGCGAGCUCAGCCACCUGCCCAACAACAGCGCCUACCAACAGUACGGCGAGAGCACAACGAGGGUGUAG